GAUCACUGCCGUUCCACCUUGUCCUUCUUUUCCACAUCCAGGCUGGCCAACUUGACAUUCUUUUAAAAGCCCCACUGAUCAACACAAUAUGUUUUGCAAAACACUUUUAGCCAUUGCGGCCAUGUCCCUCGGCGCCUCUGCCGUGAGCGUCACCGGCAAGGCUGAAGGGUUUGCUGCUGGAGUUACCGGCGGAGGUUCUGCCACCCCGGUCUACCCUUCUACUACCGCCGAGCUGAUCGCGUACCUCGGUGAUUCCUCACCCCGCGUCAUCGUUCUGUCCAAGACCUACGACUUCCGCGGAACCGAGGGCACCACCAGCGGAACCGGCUGUGCUCCCUGGGGCACCGGUUCGGGCUGCCAGGUCGCCAUCAACCAGAACAACUGGUGUACAAACUACGAACCCGAUGCGCCUUCGGUCUCUGUGAAUUACGACAAUGCCGGAAUCGAGGGUAUUACCGUCGCCUCGGACAAGACCCUCAUUGGCGUGGGCACCUCCGGUGUUAUUAUCGGAAAAGGUCUGCGAAUUGCCAACGGCGCCACCAACGUCAUUAUCCAGAACAUCGAGAUCACAAACCUCAACCCGCAGUACGUAUGGGGUGGUGAUGCCAUCACUCUGGACGGCACCGAUAUGGUCUGGAUCGAUCAUGUCACUACCUCGCUGAUUGGCCGUCAACACAUCGUCCUCGGCACGUCCGCCUCGGGCCGCGUUACCAUCUCCAAUUGCAACAUCGACGGCUCCAGCUCCUGGUCCGCCACCUGCGACGGCUACCACUACUGGACUCUGUACUUUACCGGCUCCGACGACCGGGUCACCUUCAAGGACAACUACGUACACCACUUCUCGGGCCGCGCCCCCAAGGUCGGUGGCAACACCCUCCUCCACGCCAUCAACAACUACUGGUAUGGCACCAGCAGCACUGGUCAUGCCUUCGAGAUUGGCUCGGGCGCCAACGUCCUGGCCGAGGGCAACAUCUUCCAGAACGUCGCCACCGUCGUCGAUGCCAGCUCGCAGGGCAAGGCCUUCACAAGCCCCUCCACCAACGCCAACACCGCCUGCACCGCCAGCCUCGGUCGUGUUUGCCAGCUCAAUGGCUUCGGUUCUUCCGGUACCUUCUCCGUCUCCGACACCGACUUCCUUAGCAAGUUCAAUGGAUAUACCAUUGCCUCCGCCUCUGCUUAUAGCUCCGUUAGCUCCGUCAUUGACUCCUGUGGCUACGGAACCAUUUAAGUGUGCAAUCAGAGCAUUUUGACUUAGUGGUUCUAAUUUACCAAAACUUACUGCAGUUUUGCUCCUUGUUAAUUCUGGCGGGAUCUCCAGACUUUCAAAUUGUGUACAUAAUUUGUCUUAUUAC